AUGGUUGGGAUCCUGGAGAGGAUUAAAAAUUUCAGAAACCGGGAAAGCAUCCACAUCUUCUUGUGCGGAUUGCGUGGAUCUGAUUGGGAAGGUAUAUGCAGCGAGAUAGAGCCCACUACGUUGUACCACUACGAGGAGUUGCAUAUAAGGGGAAAGCGUUUCAGCAUCUGGGAUUUCAGUGGAGAUGCAAAGGUCAAAUGUAUUCCUGCCUAUGUCGCUCGGAGUGUUAAUGUUGCCGCCGUAAUUUUCGUUGUUAGUGCGACUGAACAUGCCGAUUCAUCAUGCAGGGAACUGCUUGAUAGAAUACGGAGAAUGGACAUGGAUGAUGCAUUUUCUAGCUCGUUGUUCGUUAUACUUUUAAAUAAGAUAUCUAGCGGCUCUCAAUACAACGGUUUGGAAACCUUUUUAAAGCGCCAACUUUCUGAUCCUCACCGCUUUAUCUUUGUAGUGGUAAACGUGUUACACGGUUUGAAAGACGCUGCGUGGUUACAAUUACUCGAUGCGAUUUAUGCACAUCACAAGAAGACCGUGGCGUCGGCAUAA